GGCUCCAUCAUUUAUCAAACAACUCGGCCCACCUAUUCAAUGCGUUGAAGGUGAUAACAUCUACCUAGAAGCUCAAGUGGCUCCAAUUGAUGACAACACCUUGACGUAUGAGUGGCUCGUAAAUGGACGUCCAUUGAUGAAAGCACAUCGUUUUGUCCUUUCACAAGAUUUUGGAUAUAUUGCUCUGAAUAUCCUGUACUGCUAUCCAGAAGACAGCGGAACGUAUACAUUGGUUGUUAGAAAUGCUGCUGGUGAAGCGCAAUCCACUGUAGAUAUUGAUUGUCGCAUCGAUGGAGUCAACGGUCUACCGCCCAAAUUCGACGUUGUUCAUGAAUCGCAAACACUUCAUCUUGAGGCCCAGGUGGCUCCAGUGGACGAUAACACUUUGAAGGGUCUACCGCCUAAAAUCGACGUUGUCCAUGAAUCGCAAACACUUCAUCUUGAGGCUCAGGUGGCUCCAGUGGAUGAUAACACUUUGAAG